UUUAGGAGAAAAUUAGACAGGAGGGUUUAAGGUAAUCAACUGCAAAUUGAAGCACACCGCCCUCCGUUUAUAGUAGAAGAAAAGGGACAAAAUCAAACUCAAAACAAGUAAUUGUCAAAUUAUCGUCGUUUGAUUUUAGCAACAAGAGCAAAGCAUCCAUGGGUCUCAUGCAGGCAGACCAUUCUACUGGAAACCAGGAGCCAAACGUGGGUGAGUUCAUUGAUAAGCAAAAGCUUACUGCUCCCAUCAAAUCUGCUGUUGAUAAAUUCGCGCUUCUUCCCGAGUUUUUGAAGGUGAGAGGUCUCGUGAAGCAGCAUUUGGACUCGUUUAAUUAUUUUGUGAACAUUGGUAUAAAGAAGAUUGUGCGUGCCAAUGAUCGCAUUGUAUCCACUGUUGAUCCGGGCAUUUAUCUCAGGUUUAAAGAUGUUAGGAUUGGUACACCUUCAGUGAUGGUGGACACUAUCAGUGAACAGCUUAGCCCUCAUAUGUGCCGGUUAUCUGAUAUGACUUAUGCUGCGCCAAUAAUGGUCAAUGUAGAGUAUAUUCAAGGAAGUCAUGAUCAAAAGACCAGAGUGGAAAAGAAUGAUGUUGUUAUUGGGAGAAUGCCUAUCAUGUUAAGGAGUCGCAGUUGUGUAUUAUAUGGAAAAGAUGAAGCAGAACUUGCAAGACUUGGUGAGUGCCCCCUAGAUCCUGGAGGAUAUUUUGUUAUAAAAGGGACAGAAAAGGUGAUUUUAAUUCAAGAGCAACUUUCAAAGAAUAGAAUAAUUAUUGAUACUGAUAAGAAGGGAAAUAUAAAUGCAUCUGUUACAAGCAGCACAGAGGCAACAAAAAGCAAAACAGUCAUUCAGAUGGAGAAGGAGAAGAUUUAUUUAUGUCUCAAUCAAUUUGCAAAGAAGAUUCCUAUUAUGGUGGUAAUCAAGGCUAUGGGCAUGGAGAGUGAUCAAGAGGUUGUACAGAUGUUGGGAAGAGAUCCUCGAUAUGGUGCCCUACUCUUGCCAUCUAUUGAGGAAUGCUCAGGUCUGAAUAUAUACACGCAACAAAAAGCCUUGGAGUACCUUGAAGGAAAGGUGAAGAUGUCUACAUAUGCCAGUUAUUCAUCUGGAAAGGAAAAUAGAGCUUUGGGUAUACUUCGAGAUGUGUUUGUUGCUAAUGUUCCGGUACAUAAAAAUAAUUUUCGUCCAAAAUGUAUAUAUGUUGCGGUAAUGUUGCGGAGGAUGAUGGAGGCUAUGUUAAACAAGGAUGCACUGGAUGAUAAGGAUUAUGUGGGUAACAAGCGAUUGGAGCUAUCUGGCCAGUUAAUUUCUCUGCUUUUUGAGGAUCUGUUUAAGACUAUGAUCACUGAGGUUCAGAGGACAAUUGAUAAUGUGUUAACAAAGCAAAACCGGUCCAGUCGGUUUGACCUUUCCCAAUAUUUAGUCAGAGAUAGUAUUACUAAUGGGCUAGAAAGGACCCUUUCUACUGGAAACUUUGAUGUCAAACGGUUUAAGAUGCACAGGAAGGGCAUGACACAGGUGUUAGUUAGAUUAUCCUUUAUUGCAUCUUUGGGCCACAUGACAAGAGUUUCACCACAAUUUGAGAAGUCCAGGAAAGUAAGUGGACCUAGAGCAUUGCAACCAAGUCAGUGGGGCAUGCUUUGCCCUUGUGAUACUCCAGAAGGUGAAGCUUGUGGACUAGUAAAGAACUUGGCCCUAAUGACUCAUGUUACAACUGAUGAAGAAGAGGGUCCAUUAAUUUCUUUGUGCUAUUGUUUGGGUGUUGAAGACUUGGAACUUCUCUCUGGAGAAGAGCUUCACUCACCAAAUUCUUUUCUGGUUAUAUUUAACGGGCUGAUUCUUGGCAAGCACAGGAGGCCACAGCAUUUUGCUACUGCAAUGAGGAAGCUCCGAAGAGCUGGCAAAGUUGGCGAGUUUGUGAGCGUCUUUGUGAAUGAGAAGCAGUGUACUGUCUACAUUGCUUCUGAUGGAGGUCGGGUUUGUCGUCCUCUAGUUAUUGCAGACAAAGGUGUAUCAAGAAUUAAAGAGCAUCAUAUGAAAGAGUUGCUGGAUGGUGUCCGUACUUUUGAUGACUUCAUACGCGAGGGAUUGAUUGAAUAUCUUGAUGUCAAUGAGGAGAACAAUUCUCUGAUAGCUCUUUAUGAAGCAGAGGCCACAGCAGAGACAACCCAUAUUGAGAUAGAACCUUUCACUAUAUUAGGUGUUAUUGCUGGCUUAAUACCAUUUCCUCAUCAUAAUCAGUCACCGAGAAACACAUAUCAGUGUGCUAUGGGGAAGCAAGCUAUGGGAAACAUUGCAUACAACCAGUUAUUUCGGAUGGACUCGUUACUUUAUCUGUUGGUGUAUCCUCAACGGCCUCUAUUGACAACAAGGACAAUUGAACUGGUUGGUUAUGAUAAGCUUGGGGCUGGUCAGAAUGCAACUGUUGCUGUGAUGAGUUACAGUGGCUAUGACAUAGAGGACGCAAUAGUCAUGAACAAGGCAUCCUUGGAUCGUGGUUUUGGGCGUUGUAUUGUUAUGAAAAAGUAUUCCGACACCAUCAAUUAUAAGUAUGAAAAUGGUGCGGCAGAUAGAAUUUUAAGGCCACCAAGGACAGAAGAAAGGGAGAGGGUGUUGGAUGAUGAUGGACUUGCUGCACCUGGGGAAAUUAUUAGACCGGGGGAUAUCUACAUCAAUAAGGAAUCCCCUGUGGAAACAAGGGGGCAGUUAAAAUCUGCUGCAGCAUUAGCAGACAUCAAAUAUCGGCCUAAUAGAAGUACAUUUAAGGGUCCUGAAGGAGAGUCAUGCGUGGUUGAUAGAGUUGCUCUUAGUUCAGAUAGGAAUAACAAUCUAUCUAUCAAAUUCAUAAUUCGCCAUACUCGUAGACCAGAGCUCGGCGACAAAUUUAGUAGCAGACAUGGUCAGAAAGGUGUUUGUGGAACAAUUGUUCAACAGGAGGAUUUCCCUUUUUCUGAACGUGGCAUCUGCCCUGAUUUAAUUAUGAAUCCUCAUGGAUUUCCAAGUCGAAUGACUGUUGGAAAGAUGAUAGAACUUCUUGGGGGUAAAGCUGGGGUUUCAUGUGGUAGAUUUCAUUAUGGUAGUGCUUUUGGAGAACCAAGUGGUCAUGCGGACACGGUUGAAGCUAUAAGUGAAACCCUUGUUAAUCAUCGCUUUAGCUACAAUGGCAAGGACUUCAUUUAUUCAGGCAUUACAGGUUGUCCACUACAAGCAUAUAUUUUUAUGGGGCCAAUUUACUACCAGAAGCUGAAACAUAUGGUCUUAGACAAGAUGCACGCUCGAGGUAGUGGACCUCGUGUCAUGUUAACUAGACAACCUACGGAAGGAAGAGCUCGGAAUGGAGGACUUCGAGUAGGAGAAAUGGAACGUGAUUGUUUGAUUGCUUAUGGUGCUAGCAUGUUACUUUAUGAGCGCCUAAUGCUUUCUAGUGAUCCUUUUGAAGUGCAGGUUUGUAGAGUUUGUGGUUUGUUGGGUUAUUACAACCAGAAACUGAGAACUGGGAUUUGUUCUACUUGUAAAAAUGGGGAUAAUAUUUCUACUAUGAAACUGCCAUAUGCGUGCAAGCUCUUAAUUCAGGAACUCCAGUCAAUGAAUGUUGUUCCUCGUUUAAAACUGGCAGAGGCAUGAUCUGAUGGAUGAUUUAUGCUGCUCUCCAAAAGCUAGCUAAAGCCAAGGCAAACUAAUUGUGGUUGAACUAAUAUCGCAUGUUUAUAAAGCCAAAGAGAUUCACAUUCUAACAUUUUUAGCUCAGGAGCCUCAUUGCUGCAAAAUAUUUGAUAGGAAACGAAUCUACUUCAGCAGAUGCAGUGAAGUUGUUCAGUUUUCUUUUCUCUCCAAAAUUAAUUUCCAAUGUAUAUAGGAUUGUUACUAAGUUUGAAUUACUACCUCAUAGUUUUGAAUACAAUUUGACCACUACUUGUGAAAAUGCUCUCCUUAUAUCUACAAUCUUAUUAAUAUUAUUAAACUUUUUG